UCUAGAAACUCUCAACGAUCUCGAAUACUUCUUCUUUUGUCCUUUCGUCUUGUAAUUUCUCUACUUCAAUGCAGACCCAAAUCGACAGUGGUCGUCAUCGAAGGCGCCCCACUAAAGCCUGGGUCUAAUGUUCCUACUCCAUGGUCCCCACUCCGCCCCGGCACUUGUAACUCGUUGCGAGAGAUUGUAUAAAACAACCAACCUCGUGUUCGGGGGUCUUUGAGAGUACGUACACCCUUCCGUUCUUUGAUGUCUCCUUUCGAGGAACAAUGCCGAAGCCGACGCACCUCACGUGCCUCUGUGGCGACGUCAGCGAGCGAGCAUCCAUCCUCGAAGGACCCGAGGAGGAACUGCCGAUGGAGAAUCUCUUGUGUCACUGCGACACUUGCCGUCACUCUACGGGGGCACUGUGUACUUCCUACUUCCGGCUCAAGGGUCCACCGAGCGCAAAGUCUUUGGGUUGCGCGACCGGGUACCACACUCCAGGAUACGUGAGAUAUUUUUGCAAGAACUGCGGAUGUCACACCUUUGCCUUCACAAAAGCUGAUGGUCAAUGGUUGGCAUGUUCCGGUACUCUCGAGACCGACAGGAAGGUUGACGACGUGCUUGAUAUCUCAAGGAUCACCCACCACGAACACGUCGGCGACGCCGCUGAUGGAGGAAUCGCACCCUUUUUGAGCAAAAUCGGAGGUCGAAAGAUCCCUUGCCAUGAAGGUGAACCGGCCGCAGAUACAACGACAAUGGACGAGGAUCGGCUUGAAUUGUUGCGGGGAAGACCAUCAUCGUCGCGGGAACGAGGAGACCACGUCGACGCUUCAUGUCAUUGCGGAUCUGUGAGGUUUAGGAUCGAACCUCCACCGUACGACAACGAAAGCCAAGGGUGGUACGUCCCUUCAGACCGCAGCAAGUACUAUGCUCGUUUGUGUUGUUGUCGGUCAUGUCGUUUGGGUCUUGGUUUCACCAUGCAACCUUGGGCGUAUAUACCACCUUCACAGAUCCGGACUGCCGAAGACGCCGGCCAGCAACCGAUCUUGUUUGGGCCACAACAUGAACAAAACACGCGGCAAUUCGGAGAAGGGAUGAGGUACUAUCAAAGUUCCGAAAUGGUGUUGCGCGGGUUUUGUACGAAAUGCGGUGCCACCAUGCUCUAUCAACCAUUUGAGAGACCUUACAUUAUCAACGUCAGCGUUGGAAUUUUGAGGUCGAAAAAAGGCAACACAAUGGCCAGGGAAUGGUUGGAUUGGGAUAGGAAGGUGGUCAGCAAAAGACCAGAGGCCGUCGAUGAGGAUGUGAUUCGUGCUUGGCUGGCAGAAUGAAUGAGUGACCGUGGUACUGAAUGCUCCCUGGACCAGACAGAAAGCUUUUUUGGAUGUUAGAGAAAUUACAGCAUGUAAGGAAAUCGAACAUUCCCCAUGGAUUCCUUUCCUUUCCUUUCCAAGUG